AUGGGUCUUCGUGCGUCAGCUAUGAGACGAGGAGCCCAAGGGAGUGCAAGUGCUCGGGCGAUUUUGUGCUCUUCGUUGAAAGGCAAAACCGCUUUGGAGUCCUGCGGACCUGUUCGGGCUUCUGAGGCGGCUUCGCUGUGCAGCGAAGUGCGAAUUUCUGGCAGCCAGGUUACCAACAGCCUUGACUUCGCAGACUUGAAGGAGUCCGCGAAGGGUGCGGUCGCUGCUCGGCAGUUCAUGUGGCUGCCCGAGUGGCUUCCCUUGUCGGCGGAGGAGGCCAAAGCUGUGUUGGCGACGUUCGCGAUGUCUCUGAUCUUUCGCUUCGUCGCCGAACUGCGGUUCAUUCCGUCGCUCUCCAUGUACCCCACGCUUGACGUGGGGGACCGAAUCGUCGCAGAGAAGGUUUCAUACUAUUUCAGGAAGCCUGAGGUCGACGAUGUCGUCAUUUUCAAGAAGCAUGGCUACAGUGAGGGAGAGGUGUUUGUGAAGCGAAUUGUUGCCACUGAAGGAGACUUGGUGGAGGUGAAGGGCGGGCGGCUGUUCGUCAAUGGCGUUGAGAAGGAAGAGGAUUACAUACUGGAGCAGCCUGCCUACAACAUGGAGACCCAGUACAUUCCAUCUGGUCAUGUCUUCGUCAUGGGCGACAAUCGCAACAACAGCUUCGAUUCUCACACAUGGGGGCCUUUGGCUGCCGAUAGCAGCUGCAUUUGUCAUUUCCAGAAGAAACGCGAGUUCGACAGCAUGGCUUCAGCCAUCAGCCGCACACUCAGCGGAUGCGCAGUCGCUCAGCCUGCUACGCCAUUCUCUGCCACGUCACGUUCUGCCACGUCAGCCUCCGCUGACGGCAGAGCGUACAGCUGCGCGUGCCAGCAGCUCACGCGACGCGCGAGGAGCACUUCCUCUUCGCAAGUCGGCAUCUCUUCUCUUAAGCGAGGAAACAUCGGCUCUUCUCUUCUCCUAAGCGGCACGUCGCUUGCCCACAGCACCUCGUCGCGGCGAUACGUUUCGCGAAGACAUAUCGCGGUUACCACUACAGCGACCGGCCCUGAAACUGUAACUGUUACAGCUGUUGACUCCGCCACCACCACCGGGGGAAAUGCUUCCGACGCUUCCGCGGAUGCUUCCGCUUCCCCAGAGCCCCCGCAGCUCUCCAAACCCGUUCUCGUGCGCCCAGCGCCAGCGCAGCCGCCCGCAAGACCCGCCGCGCCAGCCGCCGGCGCACGCGGCGGAGCGAGGUCGUGGGCCUCGAGGCCCGGAGUAGCGGGGGCGCGACCGAACGGGGGUGUUGCCGCAAGCGGGAAGAGUGUUUUUAGGCCGAGGGACCGCGCCGCGCGCGCCCCGGGCCCGGACAGCGCGGGUGUGGCGGCGGUGCAGAAUCUUAAGGAGAUCUUGGAGAAGGCGGAGCGGAUGGGGAAUGGCGGAGUGGCGGGGGGAGCGGACGGCGGUGUUGCGCUGAACGGGUCAUCCGCGGGAGCAGGGGAGAGCGCAGGGGAAGGGGACGGGGGUUCAGGUUCGGACGUGGAAGAGAUUGUGCUUGUGCGCAAGGAAACGCCUAACGGGGCAGCAAGUAACGCAGCAGAAGGCGCUGAGUCGAGUGCCAGCGCGGACUCCGCAGAUGCCGAGCCUCCAACGGUGGUUCGGCCCAAGCCGGUCAGGUUAGACAGGCCGAAGCUGGAUCGCCCUGUGGCGUCGUUCAGCCGCCCCGCCCCUCCCGCGCAGCCGGCUCCGGCGCGCCCGGGCGUGUACGUGCGCGGACAGACGCAAGCGCCCGCCGCCGGCGCAGGCGGAGUGAGCGCAAAGGAGAAGCUGGCGUGGAAGCCCAAGGGUUCCGCCGACGCUUCGUCUUCCGACGAUGAGCGCGCUUCCGCCGCUUCCGCGGGCGCGGAAGGUGCUCCGCGCAGGGGCCCCAUUCUGCGCGAUGCUGGGCGAAGAGUGCAGCCCGCCGCGGAGGGCAGGGGCGGCGCAAGCGCACUCGGCGGAGCUCCUCCCCCCGGGCCUUUCGGGGCUCCGGACAGGGCGCCGGGACGAGGCGGGCGGAAGGACACGCGGAGGAGAGGCGGGGAAGGCGACCGCGAGGGCGGGCCGGGGGCGGGACGGGGGAAGCGCGGGGGGAAAAGCGCAACUCUGGCGGAGCAGGCGCGGGGGAACCGGAAGCAGAGCAAAGCUUCGCGCAGAGCUGCGCGCGAGGAAGCGAAGAAGGCCGCUGCGCCUGUUCAGGCGGAAAUUCUGGAAGUGGGGAAGGAGGGCAUGAGUGUGCAGGAGCUGGCACGGGAACUGGCGGUUAACGACUCGGACGUGGUCAAGGCUCUCUUCAUGAAGGGCAUCAUGACUACAGUGAAUCAGGUUCUUGACGAGGAUACAGUGCGCAUGGUGUGUGCCGAGUACGGGGUGGAGGUUCUAGACGCCAGCGAGGCAGCGGUGGAGGAAGCUGCCAGGAAGCAGCGCGAGUUUGUCCAGGAGGAGGACCUGGAGCACCUGGUGGUGCGCCCGCCUGUUGUGACUAUAAUGGGCCACGUGGACCAUGGAAAGACCUCUCUUCUUGAUUACAUUCGCAAGACCAAGGUGGCAGCAGGGGAGGCAGGCGGGAUCACCCAAGGAAUCGGAGCCUACCGCGUGUGGGUGCCCUACGCUGCUGACUCAGACGCUGACUCAGGCGCUGACUCGGAUGCUGACGUGGAGGAUGAGAACGAGGCAGGGCUGCACACGUGUGUGUUCCUGGACACGCCAGGUCACGAGGCGUUCAGUGCCAUGCGCGCGCGGGGGGCGCGGGUGACGGAUAUAGCGGUGAUUGUGGUGGCAGCAGAUGAUGGGGUCAGGCCUCAGACCUCGGAGGCUAUAGCCCACGCCCGCGCUGCUGGCGUUCCUAUCGUUGUGGCCAUCAACAAGAUGGACAAGGAGGGCGCGAACGCGGACAGGGUGAUGCAGGAACUGGCAGCGGGAGGGCUCAUGUCGGAGGAGUGGGGUGGAGACACGCCCAUGGUGCCGGUCAGUGCAAAGACAGGCCUAGGAGUGGACAGCCUUCUCGAGACGAUCAUGCUCGUGGCUGAGAUUCAAGAGCUCCGUGCCAAUCCGGACAGGCAGGCAGCAGGAACUGUAAUAGAAGCAAGCCUGGACAAGCAGAGGGGGCCGGUGGCAACGCUGCUGGUGCAGAACGGCACGCUGAGGCUGGGAGACGUGGUGCUGUGUGGGGAGGCAUACGGGAAGAUCCGAGCUCUAGUGGACGACACGGGCAGCCGCAGCGACUCCGCUGGUCCUUCCCUCGCUGUGGAGGUGCUUGGCCUGAGCUCCGUGCCGGUAGCAGGCGACCACUUUGAAGUGGUUGACUCGCUUGACCAGGCGCGCUCCAUGGCGGAGGAAGCUGCCGCGAAGCUGCGCACCGCCAGGCUGGCGGCCCUGCAGGGCGAGUCGAAGGUGUCUCUGUCUGCCUUAGCUGGUCGUGGAGCUUCUGGAGGAGCGGGCAGUGAUGGGGAGGGCGAUGAGGAGGGGCUGGAGUUCCACCAGCUGAACGUGAUCCUGAAAGUGGAUAACCAGGGUGCUGUGGAGGCGAUCAGAGAAGCGCUGGCAGCUCUGCCACAAGACACCGUGUCGCUGCGCUUCCUGCUGCAGGCUGCUGGUGACGUGGCACUGAGUGACAUUGACCUGGCGGUUGCUAGCGAGGCGGUCGUGCUGGCAUUCAACGUGGGCAUGCCACCCGCUGUGGAGGCAGCAGCAGAGGAGAAGGGCGUGGAAGUGCGGACUUAUCGGGUCAUCUACGAUUUGAUUGACGAUGUCAGGAAGGCAAUGGAGGGUCUUCUUGAUACCGUGGAGGAGCGCACGCCUCUAGGCUCGGCGGAGGUUCGGGCGGUGUUUGGUGCGGGGAGCAGCAAGGUGGCUGGGGUGAUGGUGACUGAAGGCAAGCUCGUCAAGGGGUGUGGGGUGGCGGUGAUUCGAGGAAAGAAAGAGGUCUUCUCGGGUACACUCACGUCGCUGCGACGAGUCAAGGAACUUGCUAAGGAGGUUGUAGCAGGCCUUGAGUGCGGCGUGGGGGUGGAGGGUUUUGACGAGUGGCAGCAGGGCGACAGCAUCGAGGCGUUUGAGGUGGUGCAAAAGGCGAGGUCGCUCGAAGAUGCUUCCAAGGAAGUUUCGAAAGUCGUGGCUGAGAAAACCGAGUCAAUGGGGAUUGAGGUCAGCGCAGCUUAA